CACUGCACCCCAUAUUCAAACUUGCAUCGUAUGGUCUGGUUAGUUUUCCGUGUUCUUCUUCUUCCAAACCUGGACGGCAGUCCUCCCUCAACUCCAUACAGCGGCUGGCACGUGAGCGAAAAGAGCGUCAGGAAUUCAGGAGAACGCCAUCUCAAACUUGGAAUGGAAAGAAUAAAUCAGUUUUGCUGAUAUGAAGAGGAGGUGGUUCCCCCUCCCCAGGCAGCAUUAUGGGUACCAGAUGGGCGAAGGAAUAUAAACGGGGGUUGCAAGCGAGGUUUCUAGGCAGCCCCUGGAUGAAGAGAAAGUGUGAACGUGGAUGGUUGUAACUUCCUUUUGUAGCCUGCAAAAUCAGUCUGAUUGGUGUAGCGUGUAAGAGACCUGGGCAUGUUAUUGCUUGUGCUCGGCAUUGCUUAAAGAGUUUGACGCUGGAUGGUUUUUAUUUUUUCCCCUUGGCAACCUCUUGGUGGGGGUGUCCAACCUUUGUAAGAGGAGUUGUCCUCCGAGCCGAGGAAUGUUGAGGGACGGGCCCUCCUUGUGUCUGUUUGCAUGGAGCCGCAGCAGCGCUUCGGGGAAUGUGCUGUUUAAUGCGCACACACCUGCACGUUGGUGCGUUGUGCACACGUGCAUGCAGAGGUGAGCGGGGACAUUCGAACGCACCAGGGUAGGAUUUGCGUUCUCCGGAAGAUCGCUGGAGAAGGCCUCCGAGCAAUUGGUGUGCAACUGGGCCAGCAGUGCUGAGAAGCUACCUCCGAAUUCUUCAGCUGGCUUCACCAAGGGGAGUGGCUGGGACAAUCUACUUCCUGUUCGGUGCCUGCUUCUGUGUGCUUUAGAGAGGGUGUGCGUGCAUCUAAAUAGAGCGUGUUUAUCACUUCGAUUUUUUUUUUUUUGGUAGUUUCUGAAAAAGCAGGGGAAGAGAGGAGGAACAGAGGAAACCAUAUGAUAUCAUAAGCAAUUCAGCCAAUAAUGCAUUUCAUCUCGUGGAAACUGGCAUACCCAUUGGCGCUGGAUGCUGUGAGGUUUGGACUGGAUAAUCUUUAUUUUUAAAGGAGCAGCGGCCUCAAUCCCUUUGGGUUUUUCUUCUCCUGGUACCUUGGGCAAAAGAUGUUCCGUUCGGUGCUUCCAGCUGUCGUCUGGGUGGACGGCUAACUCAGCCCACCGUCCCAGGCGUAAAGGACUUUCUCUGCAGCUCACAGGGGGCUUUGGAGGCCGGAAAAACACAUAAGUGUUUGGGUGUUUCAGUGGUGACACCUGGUGUUGUUUUCUGGUUAAUGAUUUGUCAGUGCUUGGCUAGUCCUUUGGCUUGAAAGCAGUGUUUGAAAGAAAGACUCCAUUGAGGUUAUUAAUUAGCCGUCAAUUGGACCCUGCUGCUGAUUUUGAAAGCUACGUCAGGCUGCUUGGGGCAAGCCAUCAAAGCGGUUUGACCGACCCACUGCAUCAUCUGCGCUCUACUGUUUGUGCUGAGUUUCUUGCUCGCUUACAGAGAUGGGUGUAUGUGCCUAGGUGGGCUUGCAUAAUGGUUUAAUCCAAUUUUACACAACGCUUCACCAACCUUGCACCUGACUGUGCAGCCUGGUGUGCGCCUUGCAGUCAUUUGGAACUCCUAAUCCUGAUGUUGCAACUACACCAGGCUGGUCCAAGACUCCUGAGCUCUGAGUGUACUGUUGGCUAGUCUCAGUUUCAGCUGCCUGUCUCAAACGCCCUGAUUUCGUCCAGGGCUGCUGACGUAGGUCACAGAAUUGCUUUCAGAUAUCCUCCAAAAGGCACAAAAGUGAGCUCUCUCUUCCAGUCCAUGGUUUUGCCCUAUAUCCCCCCAUGUUCUCUGCAUUCCUAACUAUUCUUUCUCAGGAAUUUCCUAAUGCUUACUCUGUGUAAACCCAAAGCGCUUAAUGCUGUUAAGAAUUACAUGGAGACCUGCACAGUUGGACAGUGCCACCCUGCCUGACCCACAUUUCAAAAUGUCAUCUGUUUCUAAUGGACACGAAACAUUUUUGUCGUGUUUCUUGCCGUACAGAGGCACGUCUCUUUUCCUCCUAGCCUGUACCAAGGCACGCACAUCCCAUUCUAGUCUGUCGUGAGUGAGUAUGACAGAUCACGUCCCAGUCUUCGUUUGCGUUCAGCUGCAACGCACACAAGAAACUCUGGGUUCAGACACGCAUCCGUACAGAUCACAGCAGUCUGUAACUCCAGAUAAUCCUUGCAGCUUGAUCUGUUACACAGCAAGUUGAUGCUGCCUGAAUACAGCAGGCAGUGAGUUUUUAAGGCUGUGGCCUUUUCGUUGGCAGUUAAAAUGGAUCACCCCCUCCAUUUCCACUCCGCCUUGCUGCAUUUUUCUAGUGCUAAACUUGGCAGGUGGAUGUUAACGCAAUCCAGUCGGCUCUGCUGAGAUCAGAGGCUCUGCGGAAAUCAAAGGGGAUCGGGUUCCUUCUGCAGUGUAGGCUCAGAGGCUCAGCACCUACCAUGGCUUGGGAGGUGCGCUCGAAAUGCACAGGGUCUUUAGCCCCUAUUGAUUCCAGUGGGGACAGCAAGAUUGUUCACCCAGGAUGGGGGACUUCGAUGGCUGUAUCUACAGAAGGGAUGAUGUGGGAAAGCGGAGAUCCAGGAGCAAAGGGGAAGCGAAAUUGGGCCAUGAUUUCCAAGGAUCUUUGGAUAGUACCUUUGUACUGUUGUCUGGAUUGAAACCCAGGAUAUGCUGCUGAAAAUUGGGGUGGGAGAUGGAGAUGGACAUGUAUCCCUGGUCUAGAAACAGUGCUAGAGUCCCUGGGUGCUCCAUGAAUGUUCUAGAAUGCAGGUAGCGCAUUGCCGAAUUCCCGGUUGCGUUUUCUCUGGGCAUAAAACGGUUAGAACCGGCAAACUUAGGAUUGGAGGAGACCCAGCUGUUGACCCCUUAUAGCCGCUGUUAUCAAGUAUUUGGAUUUUUCACGAGCUUGAAUAUGAAAACCGAUAGGAGGCUGGCCGAUCGUGUGCUGCUCUCUUCAGAAUCUGCCAUUUGGUGAUGAAGGGUAUUCUGAAGUUAUGUUUAUGGCUCCCAUCUUGAAAGUUUUCAGCAUGGAUUGCCCAGAUAGAGGGUCCAGCUCAGCCCCGUUGGGAGAAAACGGCAUGAGGAGCACCGGCCCAGAUGCCCAGUAGGUCUGGUCAGCUUGUUUCGGUCUGAGGCAGCACAAUGGCUCCAGUUGUGGAGGUCACGGACAUCAGCCACUCCAAUUCCCUUUUGAUCCAGCUGAACGAGCAGCGCCUGCGCGGUCAGUUCUGUGACAUCACAAUCAUCGCCGAAGACACCAAGUUCAAGGCCCACAAAAAUAUUCUCGCCGCCUCCAGCCCGUACUUCAAGGAGGUCCUUUCAGAGGACUCGGUGUGUCGCCAGCCGAGCCAGAUUCUGGAGCUUCCCGACAUCCAGGCCAAAGUCUUCUCGGACAUCCUGAACUUCAUCUAUAAUUCUCGGCUCUCGGUGCCCAGUCCGGCUGUCGCCAAGGAGAUUGGAGCGGUUGGCCGGCGCCUGGGCAUCUCCCGCUUGGAAAACCUGGAUGACCCCUUGGCUGAUGUCAAGAUGGAUAGCUCCGGCAUUGCCUGUGCUAGAGCUUGCAGUUCGCCCAUUGACCUCACCUGCCCUUCCCGCUCCAUAGAGCCUUCCAGCCCCGUCUGCUUCCAGGAUUUGACCAAAGCAUACAGCCCCGGGCAGGAGGCCCGCCCUGACUCUGAAACAGAAACUGCCAAGAUCCUCUACAACCUCAGCUCCGUCGCAACCGUGCCGCCUCCCCCGCCCUCCGACCUGACUUUCAUGCUGAAGGAAAACGUGGGUUGGGACCACAGCCUCCCUGCGACUCCCCCUGCCCCCUCUGCCCACACAAACGACGGGGCCCAAGGGGCGGCCUCUUCUUCCUCACCCCCACCCCCAUCCGGGGCUUCCUACCCAGCCAGCAGCACCUUUUGCUGCGGUAGCUGCCACCGUUCCUUUACCACGUCUUCUGCUCUCAGCCUCCACGUGAAGCUCCACCGGACGCCGCGCCCGCCGUCCUGCCGCCACUGCGGGAAAAGCUUCAUUCACAUCAAGCGGCUACAGACGCACGAAGUCUUAUGCAAGGAGGUGGAAAAGCCCGAGCAGGGUGCCUCUGCGGACAAGGCGCCACCCAGCCCCGUGUUGCCUUCCAAGCCGACCGCAGCGGCAGCAUCUUCCAAGAAGGGCGUGCUUUUCCGCCACCGGGGCCCGCCAAGGGUGGAUUAUAUCUCUGACCAAGACCACUUUGUCAAAGUGGUGGACGGGCACAUUAUCUACUUCUGCACCGUCUGCGAGCGGUCCUACAUGACCCUUUCAAGCCUCAAGCGCCACUCCAACGUCCAUUCCUGGCGGCGCAAGUAUCCGUGCCGUUACUGUGACAAAGUCUUUGCCCUGGCUGAGUACCGCACCAAGCAUGAGGUUUGGCACACAGGGGAGCGACGCUACCAGUGCAUCUUCUGCUGGGAGACCUUCGUUACUUACUACAACCUGAAGACUCACCAGAAGGCCUUCCACGGCAUUAACCCUGGGCUGAUAUCCUCCGAGAAGACCCCCAAUGGGGGCUACAAGCCGAAACUUAAUGCUCUGAAACUCUACCGCCUCUUACCCAUGCGUUCCCAAAAGAGGCCCUAUAAGACGUACAGUCAGGGCGUGGUGCCAGAGGACCUUCUGCACCCAGCUCAGGCUGUCCCCAUGACGCUGGGGGAAGGCGACUCAUUGGACGGGAACUUGGUCUCCUCGCUGAGCACUAGCGACGUUGCUUCUGUGUUCACCACCAAGGGCCCCUCUUUAGAAUUGCCAGAGGCAGAACAGUUCCAGCCGCAGGAAGCCGUGAGCGCCGAGGAGACGUCCGUCCUCCCAGCUACUGGUGAGAAGGCCCACCUGGACAAGGGGCCACGGUCCUUGAGCACAGAGGCUCCCACGGUCAUCGCCUACGGGCGCCCCGCCUCUUCGGUGAUCGUUCAUAGCACCUCAGUGAAAGCGCAGGCCCCUUCGGUGAUCACGUACAACAGUAAAUCUUCAAGCGCCCCGUUAACGGCAGGGUCUCCCCCGCUGCUGUCACAGCCCCCACCUUCUCCAGUGGUGGCCAAACCCAUUAAGAAGCAGGUGCUGAGGGAAUACAUUCAGUCACAGAAGAUGGAGGAACAGGCUUCGGAAGAGGACGGGAGCGAGCAGGGGCACAAGGCGAGGGGGCCACGGGCUGGGCGCACCAUGACUUACAUGGCCAAGCCGGCCUACGUGGGAGCCACCUCUGAAAGCCGGGCUGCGCCGCUCUGCCAGAUCACGGUGCGCAUUGGCGAAGAAGCCAUCGUCAAGCGGCGGAUCUCCGAAACAGACCUCAUGCUGGACAAGAGCAGCCGGGUUGGAGGCAGACGCCUGGAUUUUGGCAGGGACCAGAGCGGAGAGAAGCAGCAGCAUGCGCUGCCCCCAACACUCCACAGCAAGCGCGACAGGGUGUACGCCAACGAGAGCGGCGAGGAGGAGAGCGACCGCGGAGACACGGAAGACCAGCUUUGGCGCCCUUACUACAGCUACAAGCCCAAGCGGAAGCCUUCCGGCGGAGGCGGCCACGGCGCGGGCAACUCCUUGCCGAAGGUGAAGAAGUCGCGGUGGCGUCACAAGCUGCGCUCCCUGCGGUGGGUGAAGCGGUCAGAGGAAGCCAAGGAGGGGGGCAGAGCGGGAGCUGGCCCGCCAGGCUCUGCUGAAGGAUCUGGGGCGCAGGGAGCUGCCUCCGAAAGGGUGCACGGGCGCCUCAGCAAGGACGACCAGUCCCUGGCGGCCCUGCCCGGUACCCCCCACCGCGUAGGCCGCAAGCCUCUGGUGAAGUUCGCCUGCGCCCACUGCACAAAGGUCUGCAAGACUGCGGCGGCGUUGAGCCGCCACAUGAAACGGCACGAGGGCCAGCCGCUUGAGCAGGUGCCCCUGCCGGUGCUCACCACGGUCAUCGCCUACUCUAAGAAGAGCACCGAGGCGCCCCUGGGCACGCCCCCAGCAGUGGUUAAGGAGGAGACCACGCAGGAGAUGCAGGUCUCCUCUUCCAGCGGGGAGGCUCCCGCGGGGCAGCCAGAGGCACCCGAGGAGGGUCAUAUGGAAGUGGCGCCCUGCAACGGGCACGCUCCGGCCCCUCUGCCCGAAGAGGAAGCCUCGUCACAGCAGGGGGGAGAGAAGCCCCCUUUUCACGAGGAGCUGCCUGCCCACCCGCCACUGCUGCAGGCAGCCGCCACCAGCCUCGCCGAACUGCCCCCAAAUCUGCCCCACUCUCUUCAAGACCCCGUCAUCUCGCACACGGGCCUGGUCCAGAAGGAGGCUCUGGCGUCCCAGGAGAUGGCAGAGGACCGGUACCCGGUCCAGGAGUACCCCUUGCCGCUGCUGGUGCCGGGCAGCUGCCGGAGCAGGAAGGAUCUGGAAGACAAGCCCUCGUUCCUGGCUUACCCCAGCACCAUCCAGUUCAACGCCGUAGGCAAAGCAGGGGGCAGCAGCGGAGACGGCAAAGUCAGCUUCUACCCCGAUCCGUACCCGCUGAUGUACGGGCACCAGUUGCUAGCCGCCUACCCGUACAACUUCACGCUGCCGGUGGCUUUGAACAUGGUCGUCCCGGAUGACAAGGGACAGCCACUGCCCUUUCUGCCCAGCGUCUUCAGCUACUCGAUGAACCCGUGUCGGGGCGUGGGGCACGAUGGGCCCCCCGGAUCCCACGGGGGCGUGGGGAUGGGCGGCUCAGCUCGGGAGAGCAGAGGGGAGCCCACGGCGCCCGAGAGGCUGAAAAAAGGGGGUCUCCUUUGAGGGACGGCGGGCCAACGGGGCGGGAAAGGGGCCACGGGGCGAUGCGAGGUGAGGCGAGAGGAUGGCCGCCCCCCGCCCUUCUGUUCUGAGAAGGGGCGUGUGUGUGUGCAACCCGGCGGGGGUGAGUGCAGCGGGGCGCCUGACGCGGGGCAGGCGGAAGGGAGCCCCCCUCUUCCUAGCGUGGGAUGUAUCGUAGAGAAGACUUCUUAAAAAAUAGCAAACAUAGGUACAGGGUACCCUCAUUCCCCCGCCUGGUUCCUCAACCCCCCAUGAAUGUUGUUUGUAGACACAAAUAAGAGUGAAUUUGCACAAGGAACCGCUCUUCUCUACCCCCCCCGCCCCCUCCGCACGGCAAUUUCUGGCCCUUUUCCUUCGACUCCUGACCUUUUCGCCACUCCUUUGUACUUUUGCUGCUGGGGGGGGCGCUGUUUUGAAAGGAGGAGCCUCUGCAAUGGAGCUCCUCUCCUGCUGGGGGGGUCCUUAUUCUGCGGACCCUUUCCCUUCCUCCUCCCCCCCCCC